AUGAUUAUGUGGGAUUAUAAUGAGCUUGCAGAAAUAUGCAAGGAUUACAAUGACGCCACACUUGCACUGUAUAAAUUAAGGGCAUCGAACGAGGAAGCAAUCAAUGAAGUAUACAAAGAUAUCAAAAGCAAAUUAAUCGAAACCAAAAUUUUAUCACCAUCUCAGAUUUGCUGCGAAAUUUCAAAAAUAUCCUUUUACAAUAAUGCUUAUUUUAGAUCGUAUUUGAGCCUGUUCAAAAAAAUCUUCGAAGAAUAUCAUCUAAAUCAGUUACCAGGGGUUGAAGGUGUUUUUGCACAUAUACUCAAUCAAGAAUAUGAAAUUUCCUUACCUCCGUCAAUUAACGGGCAUUUUUUUUAUUAUUCAGAUAAAGAAUAUUCAUUAAAAAAUUAUUUGGAACAUCCUAUUAACAAGGCUAUUAUGAAUGAUGAUGUAGAAUCAUUUAUAUCAUAUGCAGGAAAGGAAAAAUUUCGUAUUGAUCAUAGCUCAGUAGGUGAUUUCUAUCCUGAUUCAUAUUUAGAUUUAUCAUGGCUUGAAUUAUGUUGUUAUCAUGGCGCAGGCAAAUGCUUUAAGUUUUUGAUAUCGAAAUUCAAACCAGAAAUUACUCAAAAAUGUCUUUCUUUUACAUUUUUGGGAGGAAACGCAGAAAUAAUGAAUGAAUGCUUGAAAGAACAAGACCCUGAUGAAGAUUGUAUGAAAUAUGCAAUUAUUGCACACAACAUUGAUUUUAUCACUUUCUUGGCUUAUGAAUACGACGAAGUAAUCGAUCCAGAAUAUUGUUGUGAGGAACACAAUAUACAAGCAUUUCUAGUUUAUUUAGAUAUUUCUAAAAAUAUCAAUCAGUGCCUUAUUUAUUCUACAAGAUUUAAUUUUCCACCUUUAUGCCAAUAUUUAAUAGACCAUGGAGCAGAUAUUAAUUCUAUUGAUAGAGAUGGAAAAACAGCUCUUCAUCAUGCAGCGGAAAAUAGUUGUGUUGAAAUUGCAAAACUCCUUAUUUCAAAAGGAAUUGAUAUCAAGGCAAGAAAUCAUAAUGGAAAAACUGCGCUUCAUUCAGCAGCAAACAGAAAUAAUAAAGAAAUAUUAGAAUAUCUUAUUACACAUGGGAUUGAUAUUAAUGCAAGAGAUAAUGAAGGUAAAUCUACUCUUCAUUAUGCAACAAGUAAAAGUCUACUAAGUAUCUUCGAAGCUCUGAUUUCUCAUGGGGCAGAUAUUAACGCAAAAGAUAAUGAUGGCCAAUCUGUACUUCAUGAUGCAACAAAGAGCUAUAAUACAAAUGUAAUAGAAACUCUUGUAUCAUACGGUGUUGAUAUGAAUGCAAAAGAUUUGCAUGGUAUGACGCCUCUUCUCACAGCAGCGAAAAAUAAUUCAUUAGAUGUGAUGAAAACACUAAUUAAAAAUGGUGCAGAUAUUCAUGCGAAAAAUAAUGAAGGACAAACUGCGCUCCAUUUAGUGGCUCAUAAUCAUAAUUUUGAUAAUAUAGUAGAGUUUCUAAUUUCGAAUGGCGCUGACAUUAAUACCAAAAAUAUUAAAGGAUUGACUCCUCUCCAUUAUGCAGCAGAAGAUGGCGACAAAGAAUUAGUAGAAUUAUUACUUAAACAUGGUGCUGACAUUCACGUGAAAGAUAUGAAAAAUCAAUCUAUUCUUCAUUUUGCAGCAUGGAAUUUUAAUACAGAGGUAGCAAAAGCUCUUAUAUCUCAUGGAGCAGAUAUAAAUUCAAAAGAUAAUGAUGGAAUAUUACCUUAUCAAAUUGCAAAAGAGCUAGAAAAUGAUGAAGUUGCAAAACUUCUUUCACCUGUUGGUACAAACUUCAAAAAGAAAGUCCCACGAAAAAGGUGUAAAACGAGCGUCAAUGACUUCGAAGACUUGGAUAACUUUGAAAUGAUAUAA